CUGGGAGUACACGUGAUGUUAAGCACGCCUCUUUUUAGUUACGCCCCGCCCUGUACUUUAUAUUCCACUGCAGAGCGAGAAGUGCGUCAUUCUGUGGACGGUGUUGCCGACGAGACAGGUGUUUGUUAUAACAUACGUCAACAUGAGCGGGUGCAGAGUUUUCAUUGGGCGACUGAAUCCAGCGGCCAGAGAGAAGGAUGUCGAUAGGUUCUUCAAAGGAUAUGGGAGGAUCCGAGACAUUGAUCUAAAACAAGGAUUUGGCUUUGUGGAAUUUGAAGAUCCCAGGGAUGCAGAUGAUGCUGUUUAUGAGCUUGAUGGGAAAGAGCUGUGUAGUGAAAGGGUUACUAUUGAGCAUGCACGCAUGCGUUCCCGUGGUGGUGGUGGUGGCGGCGGCAGAGGAAUGGGAAGGGGGAGAUACAAUGAUCGUUUUAGUAGUCACCGUCCACGUAAUGAUAGAAGUGCUCCGCCAGUAAGGACCGAAAAUCGUCUCAUUGUGGAAAACUUGUCCUCCCGCGUCAGCUGGCAGGAUUUGAAGGACUUCAUGAGGCAAGCCGGUGAAGUUACAUUUGCUGAUGCACACAGACCUAAACUAAACGAAGGGGUUGUUGAGUUUGCAUCUUACAGUGAUCUUAAAAAUGCUAUCGAGAAACUGUCUGGCAAGGAGAUCAAUGGAAGGAAGAUUAGGCUGAUUGAAGGAAACAAAAGGCACAGCAGGUCAAGAAGCAGGUCCCGUUCCCGCAGCCGAAGCUCAUCCCGAUCCCGCAGUCGUUCCCGCUCCAGGAGCAGGAAGUCCUAUAGCCGUUCCCGUAGCCGCACUCCCCGUAGUAACCGUAGCAAAUCCAGAUCUGUCAGUAGGUCUCCCGUUCCAGAGAAAUCGCCAAAAGCUGCAUCUAAAAGCCCAUCAAAAUCCCCAGCAUCUGUCGAUCGUCAGAGGUCUCGGUCAAGAUCUCGUUCUGUUGAUGGCAGAAACUGAACACUUUUUUUUAAUUAUUUUUGUAAUUUUUUUUUUUAUUCCCAUAAAUCCCUUUUUUUUGGUAUAAUGUGGAUACUUGCUAAAUCUCAGUAAGUAUCAAGUGAGAAAGCAGGAUUUUUUUUUUUUACAGAUGUGGACUAUGACACAGUAGAUUCUCAACCUGUCUUUUGAUAAACAUCACCUGCUUGUCUAAACUGCAGUUGGUGUAAAUGUAUCUUCCUAUGUAUUUUAGCAUGAGAUGCCUCUUGUGCUCACUGCUGUAUAUAGCUGCACUGUAUCCCCAUCACCCAGCUUACUUAUGUUUCAUUUGUAAAAUAUGCUGUUGAAAUAAACUUUAUUAAAGACCUGU